AUGAGGGUGAACAUGCGUGAUCCAAACUUCCUACGCAAUGUUUACAACCGUGACGACUGGAGCGACGUCAUGGCCAUGAAGGGUGCCAGGGAGGUCCUCAGAGGCGUCAGGUACCCGGAUGACGACACCAGGCGGUCUCUGUACGCGUCCUGGCUGAGGAUCUUUGCUUCCGGCGUGUGGCAUGACUCGUUCGACCAUCUCAUGCUCGAGUGCGUAGCUUCGACUCCUUCGCCGACGACUCCUGGUACACCCCUUUUUGCUGACAUCUUCAAGUUACACGACAUCGUCCUCGACCGAACCCCGCCCUUUGGACCUGUCUUGAACAUCAGCGAAAUUCCCACCCUCUUCGAAUGCAAACCCUCAGACGUCGAGCCCCUACCUGAAUCGCCGGGACUCGUCGACUUCUUGGCGGACCUGAUACGGACGAGUCGAAGUCGUCGUGAGGCCCUCGACGAAGCGGGAAUGAUCAUUGGCUUCUACAGCCUCGCACUAGCCGUAGUCGUAGCCAAGCCGGUGAGGCACGUCGAGGACUUCUUUUGGAGGCGGAUGAAGAGGGCACUGACCUCGGCGGUGCCGACAUCCUUCGAUGGGGACGCGCACUGUCCCAACGGGAGGUUCUUGACGCCGCUCGCUCGCAAGGGCCACAAUGGGGUGGUGAAGCCUUACAUCGUGCUCCUGGUCCUCGGUCAGUACGCCUACCACGUAAACAACGAUGCUUGCCCGAGUGCCGACCGAAGAUUCCUAGAAGAAGGCUUCCUGGCACAAGCAAAGUUCGGACACCUUGAAGUAGUGGAGCUCCUCUACGACGUGCAGGAAAUGACAGGGCUUAGUGCUGGGAGCCUCAACCGAAUCCUAUGCAAAGGCCUUGGGGGCGAUGCUCCUGUCUCGAAGUCCGGCGUCCGCGUUACCGCAUAUCUUAACGAAGCGGAGGAGCCGACGCAGCGUACGAGACCUUGGAGUCGCACGUCCAACUACUACUACUUCGCAGACCUGGACCUAGCCGAAAACGUGGAGUACGCCAUGCGGCUGACGGCGAUCCUGGCGCCUGACCCUAACGACCAGCGGUGGCAGAGAGAGGAGUUUGGAAACUCCUCUGGGCCAAGCAUGAAGGACGCGCGACUAUGGGCCAAGGGCUUCAAUCGUGCCUUGCGCAGAGGAAAGUUUACAGGACUGGCCAUACAGUCUUAG